AUGUCGUCUCUACCAGCCUAUCUCCUUUCCUCCUCAUCCCGAAUGAGACCACUGGUACAACAAUGUCGAUGGGGCCACACCGUCCGAAUCAUUUUGAAAGAAGAUCUGCCCAAUGGCAAGGCGUAUCGCGGGGAUGUGAUCCGUGUCAAGGCUGGAUAUGCCCGGAAUCAUCUCAUCCCUGGCAAGUAUGCUCUCUACGCCAUUCCCCAGAACUUUGAGCGAUUGGGCAUUCAAGAUCCCGACUUGGAAACCGAGGAGCAAAAGACCAGACGACUGGCACGAGAAGCCAUGUCCGACGAAAAAGUGCAAGAGCUCAAGGCAGCCGACAUUUUAAAGCACUACUUGCGAAACAAAGUGCUUAAAGUAUACCGAAGAGUGGAUCCAGAGACACAGGCGGUGUCACCUGGAAAGGUGGAUGCCAACACAAUCAGAACCAAGCUUGCCAAGCAGCUCAAGAUUGAUUUGGAUAAGAAUGAGGAAGUGCAUCUAAUGGAUGAUCCUGUCAUCUGGGAUGACUUCACUUCAGAUAAACUGUUGGAGACGGUGGAAUCCAUGGAUACCCAAGAACCAUGCAGCAAGGAGAUUCGCAAGCUCGGAGACUACAUUGCACGAAUAUCUUUGGCUGGAGGAUACGUUGUGCCCCUGAAAUGGACCAUUGUACCAACCAAUCUAUAG